GAACUAACAUCAGACCAGAUUUCAGGCAUGCAUGAAGUGUUAUUUCAGUUUCUUUGUACUGUAUAGAAUAUAAAUGGGGUCAGAGUACUAGAUUUUCACAUUAGUCAUGUGUGGUGUGCUACUUAAUUUGUUUACACUAAACGGAAGAAAGACAAGGUUCAUGGUCAUGCACGUACAAUGUGAAUUUUAACGACAGAAAGAGAUACAGUUAGGGAAAACGUGAAACAACCAUGAUCGACGUAUCUAUAAACACACAGACCGUUUUGGCGGGAGUUAGUAUAGGUCUCGUGGUGUUUUAUGCCAUCAAACGAAUGCGAUAUCGUCUGCCACCAGGACCAUGGUCCAUACCACUAGUCGGGAAUUAUUCAGUGUAUACCUCGGUUGAAGUCCAUAAGAAAGUGGUGGAACUCUCCAAGAAGUAUGGUCCAGUAUUAAGUCUGUCUUUUGGUCCCAGAAGAUGGAUCAUUUUAAACAAUAUCGAUGUGGUGCUGGAGGCAAUGGUGAAAAGGAAGGCAGAUUUUGCUGGAAGACCAAAAAUCACAUCUGGUGAUUUAUUUACGGAGGGAGGAAAAGACAUUGUACUUAGUACUUACUCACCAACUUGGAAAUUGCACAGGAAAAUAGCAGGCAAAGCACUAAGGCAUUACUUACAAGGAGAUCUACUUGAAAACAUGAUACAAGACAACAUGAACAAAUUUCUGGAUAAAAUGGCACAGGAGAAAGAUCCGUUCUGUGCAAGAGAUUAUAUCAAUCUGAUGGUUUUCCAUCAACUCUACACCAUUUGUUUUGGUGAGAAGCGAGCAGUGGAUGACCCAGAAGUGAAAGGAUUUCUAAAAUUAGAUGAAGACUUGCUCAACGAAUUCGGAACCGGAGUGCUAGAGGAUUUGUUUCCAUACUUCAAGGAUAUAUACCCAACAGCUAAAUGGACGAUCCUGGUGGAAAAAAUUGGCGAAGUUUUGGCUAUACUUCGUGCGAAAUUCAAAGAACACUUGGACACUUUUGAACCAGGUGUAAAUAGAGACUUCAUCGACAGUUUACUGAUCGCCAGACAGGAAGCAGAAAAUGAGGGGGAUGAAGCGGCCCUGGAGAAAUUGGACGAUACACACUUAGUUCAGACCAUAUCGGACAUAUUUUUCGCUGGAGUGGACACCACCAGAAUGACCAUGGACUGGUUUGUGUACUUCAUGACCAAGCAUCCGGAAAUCCAGUCUAAAUGUCAGGAGGAAAUUGAUAGAGUUGCUGGUUUAGGUAUGCCGUCGAUGAAGAACAGGAACGAUUUUGAUCUUACAGAGGCGUGUGUGUUCGAGACUAUGAGACUGGGGAAUGUCGCGGGACUAGGUGUCCCGCACAAGACUAUCUGUGAUUCUGAAGUUGGUGGAUACGACAUUCCUAAAGGGACUACCGUUAUGAUCAACUACUGGGCACUUCAUCACGACCCCAAGUAUUGGAAAGAUCACGAGAGUUUCGAUCCGUAUCGAUACCUUGAUGAAAAUGGCAAAAUGAAACCAACAAGACCAGACAGCUGGCUUCCCUUCUCAGCAGGUCGUCGAGUUUGUUUGGGCGAAACCGUCGCCAAACCGGAAUUGCUGUUAAUGUGUGCAAAUCUUCUGAAGCGAUUUGAAAUUCGUCUUCCGGAUGGCAUCAAAGCAAACCCCGAAUACAGAAUGAUGGGAUUUGGUGUAGAACUUCCGUCUGAGUACAAGAUCGUCGUAACAGAGAGAGAGUGAAGAACUGAACCAACGGGAAUAGUACCCGUCAUUGAAUACAACAUUAUUAAAAGUCAAGCGUUUAUGUUCUAUACAUAGUAAUAUCGGACACCAAGGUGUUAGAAUAUCAAUGUAUCACUAUUUUUCAAGACAGGAAUUGAUUUUGAGGUUGGUUAGAACUAUUGAAUUUAAUGAUAUAGCUGUGUGUUUGAAUGCCAUGGACCUCAAGUAUGAUUCUAUUAUAUAAUUUUCCACUAAUUAAAGCUUAAUACAUGUGUUAUCAGCCAUAGGCAUGAGUAUAUUUGAUACAUUUAGUACAAAGUUAUCACGCAUCUAAAUAGUAUUAUAGUAUUUCUCAUAGCGAUUUAGAUGUAUAGGCUAUUUCUGUUUCUUAAAAUAAUUUUCUAUUCAAUUAAAGUGAUGUUAUACUUAUACUGCAA